AUGUCAGACUCCACGCAAAAGACCUAUCUGCGGGACAGCCAUGGCCCACGCGUGGUCGAUGCUGGCAAAGGACGGAGUAGUAGCAGACGUCAGACCGAAGACAGCGACAAGCAGCGAUCGAAACACAGCUCAUCCCGCAAAUCUUCGAAACAAGAGUCGAGCCACAGCCGAAAGUCAUCCUCAACACCAUCUUCCAGCAGCAACAACAACCAAGAACGACCGUCCUUUGAGUUGGACAUCAUUGGCCAGCCACAGAGAGCCAUAAUCUUUGGCACAGCAGUCGAAGCAUCUGUCAUGGUCAGCCUCAAACUCCCAACGGCAGAUAUGGCCGCGAGCUACAGGAACCUUGAUACUUCCCGGCUACUUGCCGUGGUAUCUCUAGUUGCGGACUCCCGCAGCGGAGAGCGGACAGUAGCCGAAUGUGGUACUUUAACUGGCCAGAAAAUGUUCGAUUCUGUUCAUCCGAUCCCCGAAGAGUGUGUACCCAGCCUGGCUCGAAGCCAGCCAUGUCGCCUUGCCGUUGGAUACUUUUCAUUUCCAGGCCUACUCAUCCGGCAACCUGGGUCAUAUCGGUUACGCAUUGCGUUGAUCAAGAUGGGAUCGUCCGAAUCUUCGAGUUCUGGCGGUUCAACCAUCUCAACGAUUGACAGCGAGUCGAUCAGAGUAGAGCGUCGGCCCACUGGGGCAAGCUCUCACCGUAAACACCAGCGGACGGCCAGCUGA